AUGGCUGCUCAGACCGCUGGAGGCAUGUAUGGCGUAAAGAAGUCUGAUGUUCAUGGUAACGAAAUACUCAACGACGGCAACGCGCUCAAGAGCAGCAGCAGUUCCAACAGCCUGGACGAUGCAUUUCUCACGGCGGAGGAGUUAGUUCUUGAGAAGAAGUUGAAACGGAAAAUCGACAGCAUUAUCAUGCCGGUCGUGGUCUUGGAAGGACCAUACCAAACCUCCAGCGCAUCUGCUAAUGAUGACCAGCUCGAAGAGGAUCUCAACAUGACUGGCAACCAGUUCCAGAUAGGGCUAUCUAUUCUUUUCGUCGGAUAUACAAUCAUGCAAGUUCCGUCAAAUAUGCUCCUGAACUAUUGCGGACGUCCGGCAUACUACAUCGGUGGAUGGACGAUCGCGUGGGGAUUGGUUUCCGCCUUGACUUCGCAAGUCAACACUUAUGGUCAGAUCGUGGCGUGCCGAUUCAUACUAGGCUUUGUCGAGGCACCAUUCUUCCCAGGUGUCUUGUUCUACCUAUCAAAGUGGUACACGAAGAAGGAACUCAACCUCCGGAUGUCAAUAUUCUACGCUGGAUCGUUGCUAGCUGGAGCCUUCGGCAAUCUUAUUGCUGGUGGCAUCCUUAACGGUCUUGAUGGAGCACGAGGUAUGCGAGCAUGGCGAUGGCUGUACAUCGUCGAAGGAGCUCUUACAAUAUUCAUUGGCAUCGGCGUAUGCUUCAUCCUUCCCGACUUUCCAGAUACUUGGAAAGGACUCUCACCUGAGCUGAAAUCGGUCGCCAACAGACGCAUGGCCCUCGAUGGAGCCGGAGCCGAUGUAGAUGUCGGUGGGAAGAUGAGUCACCUGACUGGAGCAAAGCUGGCCUUCACGGAUCCGAAGACCUACUUACUAGCAGCUAUGUACCACUGCAUCGUUGGCGCGACCGGUUUCCAAAACUUCUUCCCGUCCUUGACGAGGACUCUAUUCACGAGCCGGAGUACCUCGCUCCUCAUGGUAGCUCCACCCUACAUCUUCAUCAUGUUCUACUCCUUUGGCCACUCAAUCGUGUCAGACAAGCUACAGAAUCGUUUCUGGUUCUUCAUCUAUCCAUUACCACUAUGUAUCGUCGGAUGCUUGAUUUUCAUGUUCACCGAUGGGUUUGGAGAGCGAUACUUCUCUGUCUUCCUACUGAACAUGGUGUUCGCUAGCUUCGGCACCAUCUACUCCUGGAACUCAAACAUCAUCGCCCGGCCACCAGCCAAACGGACUGUUGCGCUCGCUUUCAUGAACAGCAUCGGCAACAUGGCGUCCAUCUGGACGCCAUUCACUUACGUCGAUGGAUCCGAACCGUACUACCGUCCUGCUCUGGGCAUUGUGAUUGGCCUUCUCACCGUCUCACUUUUGCUCGCAGUCGUGCUCCGCUUCAUGAUGGUGAAGAUGAAUCGUGAGCUCGAGCGGCUCGAGAAUGAGGAUGUGCAGCUCAACGAGAAGGAGAUGGCGAAGCUGCAGAAGACAGCAGAGACGGAAGGCAUCUCGCUCCGGACUGCGAGGCAGUUGCAGAAGGGUUUCAGAUACAUUAUCUAA